GGGUUCACAAAGUUUCAAGCACCACUGUAUAUAGUAAACCAAAAGAUAUUGUUGUAGUUUUAUUCAUCAUGCCCAGUUUAACCAGAAGUAGCGUAAAAUGCAUGCCCUGUGGAUCCCAAGUGGCACAGCAGAAAAGUGUUGUCCCCGUCAUCCUCCCCAUCAUCCAGAUAUUGCCACUUUCAAAUCCUGAUGACGCCACAAUCAUCUGUGGUUGGGAGCUCAAGAGAGCAAAAUUGUCUGGGCUCUCUGGGAGGGAGAGAUGGCAUGCUCUCUCUUCUCUGCCCUGUCAGUUAUAGGGCCCUAUGAUUUCCACGAUGCAGAAAACACGGACGGAAUCUAGACAUAAAAGCGGAUUUUUCUGAUAAACACGGAAUAGCGUGGAAUUCAUUCAGUUUUCUUUGCCUGAAAUAAAUUUAAUCGCCCACUUUCUAAUUUUAAGACACACACUGUUUCUGCCCGAUUUUUGUCACAUCUUUCACUUUCAGUGAGUCCGGGGUUGCCUAGAGACCAUAUCUUGUUAACCACGGGAGUUUGUUUCCUCACUGAUGCAACUGCGAGGGAAAUAUGUCUAAACGUACAGCCCCUGCUGCAAAACCAGCAGUUUCUAAAAAGUUAUGAAAUGCGCAAUUAACUGCCAAGCUUCGAGCAGAGCAAUAUCCAAACGAUUAUUAUGCAUCUGGCCAACAACUUUUCUGCAAAUUCUGUCAGCAUACAAUUGACUGGAGCCGAAAGGACACUUGUAACGAUCAUUUGAAAUCCAAGGUUCAUCUGAAGAACAAAGCAAAAUCAAGCGGGAGAGCCCUCCAAGUGUCACUGGACGUAGCAACCAAGUCACAGGAUGACAGACAGGAAUUCGUGGAAGAUUUCGUGGCUAUGUGUGCAGAGGCCAAUAUACCUUUAGAAAAAAUGAGGAAGAUGCGCCUCUUUCUAGUCAAGCACUGCAAACAGGGAGGUGCGCUGCCUGAGAAUCCAAGCAGUCUUGGACAGAUCCAUCCAUCUACAGCGGGUGUUCAACGAGCACAUGCAGACAGUGCUACAAGAGAUCCAUGAUAAGAAGCUCAUUGUUGUUGUUGACGAAACGUCAGAUAACCGAGACCGCAGUGUCCUCAACAUUGUCAUAGUAGGUACUGAAGGCAAAUACUAUCUGACGGAUGUCAUCUUCAUGGACAGCUGCAACUUUUCAACAUUAUCACAGGCACUACUACAGUCACUUCACAGCAGUCAGAUAAAUUUGAAUGAUGUACUGGCAGUAGUCACUGACAAUGCAUCAUACUGCCUAGAGGCCUACAAAGAAGUACUGAAAGGAGUAAUGCCAAACAGCGUACAUGCAACCUGCUUGUGUCACGUCAUCAAUUUGGUAGGAGAAACCUGGCAACACUACAGCUACUUCAGUGACGUUACAAGUCUGGUGAUGUGGAUCAAAUCUGCCUUCUUCAAAAAGCCUGCAAGGAAAAGAAGGUGGUUGCACUUUUUGUCUGCAAAGGAUGCUGUGCAUGUGAAGGUUCCACCUGAACCAGGAAAUACAAGGUGGAAUAGCUGGUUUGAAGCAGUGUGGUUCCAUGCUGAACAUGUCCACCUGUACAAGGAGUUUUUCUCAGCUGAAAAGUCUUCUGCCCAGGCUGUGAAAAACAUCCUUGAUCUGGUGGAAACAGAUGACAAGCAAGAGACCCUUCAAAUGAAGCUGACAUUCAUCUCUGAAGGGUGUGGGAAACUGGUCAGAGCCCUGACAGUUUUGGAGGGCACCCACACUCCUACAGCAGUCUCUGCCUACAACAUCAUGGAAGAUCUAGGCUCCUACCUAGUCAAUGGCACAGCCAAAACCUAUGGUUUUGGAGCGAAAACCGACGAGUUGCUCAAUGAGAUGUCCAUUCGAAAGAAGAAAACUGUGCUGGAUUACCUUCAUGAUGCAUUUCACAUUGCAUUUGAGAAGUUUUCAAAGCACUGGGAUGUCCAUCCUGCCAAACAGGUCUACAAGAUGAUCAGGGUGUUUGAUCCUAGACAGGCUCCAGCUAUGGAAAGGCAGAUUGAAGCCUAUGGCACCCUGUCAGCAUUGAAGACCCCAUCUGCAGAGCUCAGUGAGGAGUGGGCUGCUUACCAGCACUGUGUCAGAAAUGAAGGCCUCUCAGAAUCGUUGGACCUUGCUGAGUACUGGAAAGGUACAACCCAGCGCUUUCCAGAGAUUGCAGCCAUUGCUAAAUCAUACAUGUAUUUCCCAGUCAGCUCUGUUGACUGAGAGGAGCUUUAGCAAAUAUAAAACACUUCUCACUGACGAGGGAAUCUCUGACCGAAUAAAACACCAAAUGCCUCACUGUCCUUUACUUCAAUGGCGACAUGUCAAAAAGGUGGGAGAUGCCUGGCUGCUCAAGAGAUGUUUAGAAUGGACAAAUGAAUUUUAGCUUGACAGGAAUUGAUUAAGUUAAGCUUUAUUAAGUUUAUUAAGUUAUGCUGUAUAAUUAAGUUGAUUACAGCUUUGAGUUGUCAUUACUAGGGUCUUAAGUUGUUAUGCAUAUCUACUUUUGAAUAAACAGUGGCUAUAACAAAUGUUUCUGUAUGUGUUAAAAUAAAACAAGGGUUAUGUAUAUAACCGCGGUUCUAUGAGUUUCGGAUGACCGCCAGAGGCGGUGCUUUCAGCACAUGGAUAUCCAUCACACGAACGUGCAGGUCGAGUAAUAGUAACAACAAAGUCACGUGUGACCUGGGUGACAUUACCCCAUGACCCCGGCACAAAAGACCGGUGAACCCAGGAAGUGACCUCUUGGCAAAUCUUCUCGUGUACACUCCGAGUGACUGCCAAGCUCUGGCGGUCAUCCAAAACUCAUAGAACCGCGGUUAUAUACAUAACCCUCGUUCUAUUUCGUUUCUCCUGACCGCCAGAGGCGGUGCUUUCAGCACAUGGAUGACUAAUACCAACCAGGUCAUGAGGAGUGCCUACCUGUACCCAGUGCUGCUGCGACGGGCCUAGAAUGACGGCCGUCACCACAGGAUUAUGUGGGACGACAUUAAGACGGUAAAACCUGGUGAAGGUGCAGCUGGACGCCCAGGAGGCUGCGCUGCAUAUGUCUGAAAGGGGUACGCCCUUCAGUGAUGCCCAUGAGGCCGCCACGCCCCGUGCAGAGUGCGCCCUGACAGCCGGAGGAAUCGGGGAGCCACUGUGCCUGUAGGCAUGUAAUAUGGCCUCGACUAUCCACUUGGAUAGCCUCUGUUUAGAGAGCGCCAGACCCCUCCUCGGCCCUGUGUGGCACAGAAACAGGGCGUCACUCCUACGGAAGCCCUCCGUACGGGACACGUACACCCUGAGGGCGCGAACUGGGCACAAAAGUUCCGACCUCUCACCAUGGCCCGCCUUGAACGCCGCAACGCUAAGGGGCUGGUUGACGAAGGUAGCAGAGAGGGUCUUGGGGAGGAAAGAGGGGUUAGGCCACAGAGUGACCCCACUGUCGCCGGAGUGCCACUGCAGGCACUCCCCACUGACUGACAGCGCGUGUAAUUCCCCGACGCGCCUCGUCGAUGUAAUGGCCAGAAGAAAAGCAGUCUUCAGGGAGAGCCAUGAAAUGUCUGCCGUGAGCAGGAGCUCAAACAGUGCGUCGCAGAGAGCCUGCAGCACCAAGUGAAGAUCCCAUGUGGGUACCCGGCUCCGUCGGGGGGGGUCUCAACCGGAGAGCACCCUUCAAGAAACGUGCCACCAAGGGGUGGGACCCCACGGUCCUUCCCCCAACUCUGGCAUGCUGAGCAGAGAUGGCAGCUGCAUAGACCUUGAUGGUGGAAGGAGUAAGACCCUUGUCAACCAGAGACUGGAGGAACAGUAGAAUGGUCGGCAGGGGGCAGCAUGUAGGCUCCUCCCCCCGAGUCAAGCACCAGUUGGAGAAAAGCCUCCAUCUGUUGGCGUAGAGGGCAUUGGUGGAGGGUGCCCGAGAGCUUGCAAUGGUGUUGACCACUGCCGGCUCACAAAGACCUAGCAGGGGGUCCGGCCCUUCAGCGGCCACACCCAGAGCUGCAGACGGGCUGGAUCCGGGUGCCAGAUCCUGCCCUCCCAGCUGUGAUAGCAGGUCCGUCCUCACUGGCAGGCACCAGGGGUCGCUGUUCAGAAGUUGCAGCAACUUGGGAAACCACACUCGGCCCGGCCACCGCGGGGCGACAAGUAGCAGCCCGUGGUGGUCCAUCGCAACCCUGUGUAGGGUCGGCACGAUCAGCGGCAGAGGGGGGAAGGCAUACAGCAGUUGCCUCGGCCAAGCAUGCGCCAGCGCGUCCUGGCCCAGGGAGCUGGGGCCGUGGAGGCUGAACCACAGAGGGCAGUGUGUCGACUCCUGGCAGGCAAAGAGGUCCACCUCUGCCCUGCCAAAACGUUCCCAGAUGGUGAGAACCACCGCUGGGUUGAGUCUCCAUUCCCUGGGAUCGGGGUCCUAGCGGGACAGCAGAUCUGCUGCCCUGUUGGCAGUGCCUGGCAAGUACAUGGCACGCAGGCUCAAGAGAUGUCGAUGGGCCCACCGCAGAAGUUGGCCGGCCACUUCCAAGCACUGGAGGGACUUGGUGCCUCCCUGGUGGUUGAUGUAGUACACUACCGUAGCGUUGUCCGUCCGCACCAGAACGUGUCUGCCGGCCAGGCCUGGGAGGAAGUGCUGUAGGCCGAGGAACACAGCCCGUAGCUCCAGCACGUUGAUGUGCUGCUGUCGCUGCCCUGGACUUCAGCAGCCUCUGACGGUCCAGCAUUGCCAGACUGCACCCCAACCUCCCAGGGAAGCAUCCGUGGUGAUGACCUCCCUCCGGGAGGGGAUAGCCGCCAGCAGAACACCCUGCAGAAGGUAAGCCCUCCUCCUCCAUGGACGGAGGAGCCUGCAAAAAGUAUCCGUCACCUUCACAAGCCUGUGCCCGUGCAGCGCCGGGUGGAGGUGGAGACCGUUGAGCCACCUCUGAAGCGGACGUAAGUCCAGGAGCCCCAGCGGGACCAGAGAGGAGGCUGCCGUAAGCAUGCCCAGCAGGCGCUGAAAGGUCUUCAGGGCGAGUGACCUGCCCUGUCCGAAGCGGCCAAGCAGCAGGCGGAUGUUGUGGAUCCUGGUGUGGGAGGGGGUUGCCAUCAACGACCUCGAAUCCAGGUGUAUGCCCAAGAAAAUCGUCUCCUGGCUGUACACCAGCGAGCUCUUCUUGUAAUUCACCCUGAGCCCCAGCUCUGCGACAUGUGAGAGCACAGUCGCGAUGUCGGUGUGGGCCUGAGCUGCUGACCGUGAACAGACGAGCCAGUCAUCCAGUUAAGGCAGGACACUCAAACCCCGUGCCUGAAGUGGUGGCAAUGCCGCUGCCACACACCUGGUGAACACACGGGGUGGCAGCGAUAUCCCAAAGGGCAGAACAUUGAACUUGAAAGCCUGGCCCUCUAAGGCAAACUGCAGGAACUGCCUGUGGUGUGGCGCAAUGGGAACACGGAAGUAGGCGUCUUUCAGGUCGACGGUGGCAAACCAGUCGCCUGCCUGGAUGUGGUGUAAGACAUCCACUGUACGCAGCAUGCGUAAUCUCAUGGUCUUCAAGUGGGAGUUGAGGGACCUCAGGUCAAGGAUCGGGCGGAUACCGCCGUCCUUCUUCGGAACCAGAAAAUACCUGGAGUAGAACCCACCUUGCUGUCUCUGCCUGUCGACGGGAGAGAUUGCUCCUUUCUCCAGGAGGGUGGCGAUUUCCUGACGGAAGACGAGGGACUUCCCCGGAUGGCUCACGGUGGUGUGUUUGACCCCAUGAAAACGUGGCGGUCGGUGGCAGAACUGGAUGUGGUAACGCUCGGUGAGGGUCACCAGCACCCAGGGGUCUGGGGUCAACGCUCUCCAGCGUUGGAGCUGUUCGCUGGAAAAGCGGCCGACCGCCGGCGCGCUGAUGUCAGCGCCGCCCAGACCGCCCCCGUCGGUCACCAGGGGGGCGACGAGGAGCGGACUGGGUGUAGGGGGCGGCGGCGCGGGUCCGGGAGGUGGUGGGGCGACGAAAGUCAUCAACCCGUCUGGUCUCCUGGCGGGUGCGUGGCCGAGACAGAGUCGGUGUGGGCCCCCUGAAGGACUGGGCAGCGUUGCCGUGGUGGUAGACCUGGCGGAGGCCAGCGAACUGCUGUCGCGCCUGGACAACCUGGGCACUCCGGUCCAGGGCUUGUUGAGCGGCCUCGCCAAACAGCUCCCCGGGGACAACAGGGAGAGAGCGCAACACACGCCGGUUGGGCUCGGCCAGAGGGGACUGCGCCAGCCAUAUCUGCCGGCGGACGAGGGUGAGAUACGAUAUCAGCCGGCCCAGUUCCCGCGACGAGUAGGCAAAGGCCUGGAGAGCCGCAUCGCACAGCUCCCGUGAUGCCGCGCUCAUCCCCUCCAGCAUCUGGGCGAGGGCCAGCAGCAGGUGGGACAUGGAAUUGUCGAUACGACCCAUUCGUGCCGCCGUGUCGUAUCCCCGCACGAUGAGGUUGUCAGUCACACGGCAUUGAGUGCGGGGGCAUCGGGCGUCAGGCCGCAGAGCCUCGUUGGGCGAAAGGAUGAGGGCAGCCACGGAGGGCUCAAUGUUGGGCAUCUGCUGGAGGCCAUAGGUAGGGGCGUCCUGCAUUGCUGCCAGGGCCCUGCAGUCACUAGGGAGGUGGGAAAGGCGUCUGGGGUCCGCCCAACACCUCUGUAACUCCUCGAUGUAUGGGGCCGAGGGCGGAACAGACAACGAGGAAGGCUGUGUGGAGCCUCUGAAAAAAGCGCUCUGAUGCUGGGCCACUGGGGGCGUGUCCAAACCCAGACGGGCCAAUACAGCACUCAGCGUUGGCUGGAUGGAUGAGCGUCCGCCUUCCGACGCUGCCACGGUGCCAUGGCUGGUGGCCUGGGAACCAGCCGGAGAGGUGGAGUCGUGACCGUCAGACCCACCGCAGUCAAAGUUCUCCGACGCCUGGAUCGACAGCUCAUCCAGGCCGCGUGCAUCAAUGGCCGGUGGCAGAAGCAGUGGUGAUGGUGAACGGUCGGGCUGCCAGGCAGAUGGGGUGGCUGCGGGAACACUGCUGCCCUGUGGCGGAGGCUGGAGAUUCGCCAGCAGGGCCUUCAUCUCCUCCAGCUUGGCGGACAUCACCUCCACCUUCCGAGCCAAAUCGCCCGAGCGCUUCUUUUUCGCCUUGGAAGCGGAGACGCGUGGGGGAGCCCCACGGCGCUUGCUGGGCCCCGCUGCUGCAGCCGGCACCAUGUCCUGUCCCCCCGAGGCCCGGGGGAUGUCAGACGGAGGAUCCAUCUGAGCCAGCCUGGCAGUCUGCGCAGCCAUGCUCAGGCACAUGCAGUCUGCGCAGGCCAUGUCCGUCAGCCCCUGCUGACGGACCCCUGAUCAAUACCCAGGCACGAGGGGCACUCGCGGUGGCCGUGCUCCGGCUCGAGGGGGGCCCGGCAGUUGGCGCAGCAAGAGAAUAGGUCCAUGACACUUGGCUGGCAGAAGGGAACUUAAAAAAUAGGGCGAGAACACCCCAAUAAUUAGUAAGUAACACAAAAUAAACAAUCAGGCGGCAACGAAAAACGACCGGGCGAACACACCCAUGGUCGGAAAAAAAUGGUGCGAGGGCCUAAGCGGGAGCACCCGGACCUCGCGAGCCUACUGCCGCGGGUUUAAAAGACAGCCGCAACUAAACAGUCACUCACUAGCGUGAGAAGACAUCAUACACCGCUAAAACACACAAGACAGCCAGCCCGUGAACAGGCCGGAGGCAAGGCUACACAAAACAAGGCAGUCGAUAAUACUGACAAAAAUAGGCGCCGUGCGCCACAGAACUGAUAACAAAACAGCGGUGAGAAACACCGCUUUAAUUCAAAUUAAAUGAAAACCACUUACCUGAACGAAAACAAGCCGGCCUCCAGCGGCGAGGACACCGCCUCGGAGGGCUAGUCAGCUAACUCCACUGAGCGAGAGCACUCAGCUAACGGAGUAACAAAACAAUACGAAUACAACGACAAGAGAAAAAAGGAAUUGAUGGACUUUAACGCAGUUUCUUGGGGGAUGCGUAAGCACAGCCCCAACCCCACGGGUAACGAAACUAACACGGCGCUUUGUCCAAAUUUCCAAAUUCCAAUCCAACUCGCAACCUGCAAAACGCGAGAAGAUGCAAGAGGUCACUUCCUGGGUUCACCGGUCUUUUGUGCCGGGGUCACGGGGUGACGUCACCCAGGUCACACGUGACUUUGUUGUUACUAUUACUUAACCUGCACGUUCGUGUGAUGGAUAUCCAUGUGCUGAAAGCACCGCCUCUGGUGGUCAGGAGAAAUGAAAUAGAACUGUUAAUUUGACAUAUGUGGUUGUGUUUGUCAUUGACUUUUAGAGCUAGAUAUUGAUUAAAAUUGUAAAAAUCCGAAACAAACAAAAAAAAAAAUCCGAAAACCCAAAAAAAUAAAACGGAAUUUGAGAAAAAAUAAAACGGAUUUCAUAGGGCCCUACAGUUACACUGGCCAGUCAUGGGUGUGUGAGAGCACAUUUAAUAGGAAGUAAGUGGAUUGGGCUUUCGUCCGAGUGUGCUUUGUAGCCCCCUGACAUUGUAUGAGUAAAACGUGGUCAACUGGUGUUUCUUGUCUUGGAGGAAGCACAUGAUAGCCCUCCCUGGUUGGUAGCUGUUAUGUGAUACUGGAGAGGAGUCUGAUGGGUGGGAAUUGACCAUGGCUAAAUAGGGAGAAAACUGGGGAGAAAUCAGGGGGAACGCCCGGUCACAGCAAACACAUAAUAUAGGAUAAUGUCAGACCUCCCCAUAUUACAGAAACACUGGGGGGGCAUUAUAAUACCUUCAGUGGAAUAUAACCAGCUGGUUGGAAAGAAGUUAGUUGAACACACACAUGCAGUGUGUCUGAACCAAGCGAAGUUGUUAAUUGGAUAAUGCAGAUGUCAGUCAAACCCAUCAACCAUUAUAAAAAUCAAUUGCAGCACAUUUGCUUUAUUUCAGGAGCAUAUGUGAUGGUUAUAUUAUCAAGCAAUUUAACAAGCAGUAACAAUUUUAGUAUUUUUAUGGAAUUCAAUAAUUCCACAAGGAGUCAUACCAUGGAGAACU